AUGAACCGGUUAAACAGACAAUUCGUGAAGCUCAGGAAGAGGUCAGCCGAUGAGAACGAUGUCGGAAUCCUUCUUCACGAUUUCAACGAGGCCGACAACCUGCUGUCCAAGCUGAUCGAGGACACCUCCGCCUGGCGCGAUGGCUGGUCAGCUAUUCUCAACCAUCAGGAGCGUGUCGUCAGCGAGUUCAAAUCGCUGUAUGCUCCCAUCCCCGGGAAUACCUCAGGCUUGCAAACCUCCACUACCCCGGAUGAUGUGACGUCACGCACCACCAAACUCCAUGAGGACUAUGUCCAGCUACGCCAGGACCUCCUGGCAGAGCUCAAUGCCGUCGAUGAUUCCAUGAUUAGGCCCGCCAGAGCGGCCAAGGAUUAUAUCACACCAAUGAAGAAGACCAUCAAGCAGCGUCAGGAUCGCAAGCUGGACUACGAACACUACCAAUCGAAAUACGAUGGCUACGCAAAGAAGCCCAAGCGAUCGGACCGGGACAAUGCCAACAUGGCAAAGACAGAGCAGGAGCUGGUCAACGCCCAAGAUAUGUACAAUCGCGCAGACGACACCCUCCGCGAACGUCUCCCUCGAAUCCUCGAAGCAAUCUACUCUCUGCUCCCACGCAUCCUCGCCGUCCAGAUCCGUCUCCAGAACACCAUGCUGGCACACUACUACACCAUCCUGCAUACCUUUGCAGAAGACUACCAAUUCAUGUCUCCCCCACCACCCAUGGACCAAGUCAUCCUCGAAUGGGAAGAAUCACACCUUCCCGUUCGCGAAGAAAUUGAAAACUUCCGGUGUCUCAUCAACGGCAAAGCCAGACAAGGCAGCACCGCUGCCAACACAAACAACCCACCAAGCCCCCCUUCCCUCCGCGCACCACCGCCCGCGAACGACUACCUCUCCCCCGGAACCACCUACGACAAUGACAGCACCCGUCCCCCAAGCCCCGCAAACAGCUACACCCAGACAAUCUUCAGCCAGCCCCGCAACAGCAUAGACACAACAUACACCAUCCCAGAGUCCCCAGAGACAGGCCCCAAAUCGCCCUCCGUCUACAGCACCAGCACGAAUACCCAACCCCAUCGUCCCUCCCGCAUCCCCUCCACAUCCACGAUCCCAACAUUCAACACCCCCGACUACAACAACUCCAAUUCCCCACCAAAACCCCUCACCCCAAAACCCUCCUCUUCAAACCUCUCCACAACAUCCUUCCACACAGCCAAAUCCUCCCUCUCCCCAGCCCUCUCCUCCAGAGCAUCAUCAAUCUCUGGGGUCUCAGCAACCACAACCCCAAUGAGCACGGGCUACUCCCCCGCCGGCCCAAGCGCGGACUACUUCACCCGCCAAGCCGCGUCAAAGCCAACAACCCCCAAACCAGCACUUACAACCUCGUCCUCUAAACCUCAGGCACCAGUCUGCAAUAACUCAAUCGAUCAACGGAUCUCCUCGCUCGGCGCUGCGGCAGCAGCGGCCGCGACGAAGAAAAGGCCGCCGCCUCCGCCAAAGCCGAAGGUUCAUUUGGUGACGGCGUUGUAUGAUUUUCAGGGGCAGAGUGAGGAUGAUUUGGUUUUUUAUGAGGGUGAUAAGAUUCGGGUUAUUGAGAAGACGGCGAGUUCGAAUGAUUGGUGGCAGGGGGAGCUUAGGGGGGUGAAGGGGUAUUUUCCGGCGAAUUAUGUGCAGUGA